AUGUGCUCCAUCUGUGCAUUUGCGAACCCUUGAUUAUUUGCAGACCUCUGAUUAUUUCGUAGAGAAUGAUUUGCUCUCAGUCACAGGUGGAAGUGUUGUAUUUUGCAGAAAGUGCUGAAAUAACAGGAAUUCGUUCAGAGACCAUUUCUGUGCCACAAGAAAUAAAAGCAUUGCAGCUGUGGAAUGAGAUAGAAACGCGCCAUCCUGGAUUGGCUGACGUCAGAAAUCAGGUGAUAUUUGCUGUUCGUCAAGAAUAUGUCGAGCUUGGAGAUCAGCUCCUCCUCCUUCAAUCAGGAGACGAAAUUGCCAUUAUCCCCCCCAUUAGUGGAGGAUAGUGCUUUUGAGCCACCUGGGAAAGAUAUAAAUGAAGUUGAAGAGGAAUCGAAAGAUAUAAUAAAAUUCACAUCUGAGCAACUUUCAGUAGAUGAAGUCUCACAGCUGGUGAUUUCUCCAUUCUGUGGUGCAAUAUCCCUAUUUGUAGGAACUACAAGGAAUAACUUCGAAGGGAAAAAAGUCAUUAGCUUAGAGUAUGAAGCAUAUCUACCAAUGGCAGAAAAUGAAGUCAGAAAAAUUUGUAGUGACAUUAGGCAGAAAUGGCCAGUCAAACACGUAGCAGUGUUCCAUCGGCUUGGCUUAGUUCCAGUGUCAGAAGCAAGCAUUAUCAUUGCUGUGUCCUCAGCCCAUAGGACUGCAUCCCUCGAAGCUGUGAGCUAUGCCAUUGAUACUUUAAAAGCCAAGGUGCCCAUAUGGAAAAAGGAAAUAUAUGAAGAGUCAUCAUCAUCUUGGAAAAGAAACAAAGAAUGCUUUUGGGCAACCGAUGAUUAAACCACUUAGGUUUUUAGAGUCUUAAAAUUUAAACUUGGUAAAUUCUUAUCUUUGAUCAUGUUUUGAUUUUUCUUCUCCAGAAGAUAGUUUACUGAACAUAAACUCUUACGUUACACCAGUGGAACAAGAGAGAAAAAAAAGCAAAAUAAACGAGUGUUUAGGAUGAGGGCUUAUUUGGGAACUAGAGAUAGAGGAAAGAAAGGCUUUAGGGAAAAAAAUGGAAGAAUAAUUUAAAUGUAAGGGAAGAUGCCUGUGGUAGACAUAUUAUUCUAUGACUAAGCUCUAACUGUAACUUGACUCACAUUGAGGUGUGGCCCCCUCCUCAGUGACUGUCUCAGAUGCUGCCCCCAACCCCCUACUCCUAUGCCCAGUGAUAUCAUUGGUGUCGGAUGUGUUUUGGGAAUGUAGGCGGAAUUGGAAGGUGUAAAAAGUCCUUAUUGGUUACUCUUGGUAUGAUAUUUUUCGAAUUUAUAUAUUUUAAAAUAAGCUAAAUAAACAUGAUUUUAAAAGUUUAAAAGCAAUAUUAUCCUGUUUUUAAAAAUUCAGUGAUAAUACCUAAGAUAUUUCAUCAUAUGAAGCUUUCUGGUGUUUCAGAAUCAGUAAUCUUACCAUAAUACUUACUAUAUUUUAUUAGUUAUUAGUAUUGUAUCAAUAUAUAAAUUAGCAUAAAAUUGUUGUAAAACAAGGCAAACUAGCAACAAGGGUGCUUUGUGUUAUAACGUUAGUUAUAAAAUUGUACCCACAACCAAUUAAAAAGGGAAAUUAUAUGAUUAUUUGGUAAGGUAUUUUCAGAUAGUUUUUUUAGCUUAAGCAACAUUAUCAUUAAUAAAGUUAUGUUUUCUGCAA